AGUAUUUAAAGGACGCUGAAACUCCGUUCUUCAGCUGAAACCCUAGCCUUCCCAGCAGCAAUUGUUCUCUGCAUUUCUGCAGAUCGCGGCAGGUGAACAUGGUGCACGUCUCCUUUUACCGCAACUAUGGGAAAACAUUCAAAAAGCCUCGACGUCCAUAUGAGAAGGAGCGUUUGGAUGCUGAGCUGAAGCUUGUUGGUGAAUAUGGGCUUAGGUGCAAGAGGGAGCUUUGGAGAGUUCAGUAUGCUUUGAGCCGUAUCAGGAAUAAUGCAAGAAUGCUUCUGACUCUUGAUGAGAAGGAUCCACGCCGUAUUUUUGAGGGUGAUGCCCUCCUUAGGAGAAUGAACAGGUAUGGGUUGCUGGACGAGAGCCAGAACAAGCUCGAUUAUGUCCUUGCUCUCACUGUGGAAAAUUUCCUUGAGCGCCGUCUCCAAACUCUAGUAUUCAAGGCUGGUAUGGCAAAGUCUAUCCAUCAUGCAAGAGUUCUCAUUAGGCAAAGGCACAUCAGGGUUGGAAGACAGGUGGUGAAUGUUCCAUCCUUCAUGGUCAGACUGGACUCCCAGAAGCACAUCGAUUUCUCGCUCACCAGUCCAUUUGGCGGUGGUCGCCCUGGCAGAGUGAAGCGAAAGAACCAGAAGGCUGCAGCUAAGAAGGCAGCGGGUGGUGAUGGAGACGAAGAAGAUGAAGAGUGAGCGCAAUUUCUGUCUAGGCUUCUAUGCCUGUACUGGAAAAACUUUGACUGUAAUUUUGCAGUUUCUCUUGAGGGAUAUAGUUAAGGUUCAUUUUGCAAGAUAUUUUCAAGAUGCAUUUUUCUUUUUUUCUUUCUAAAUCUUGUGUUGUAGCAAUAUCUUUGAAUGACUUCUGACUGCUUGUUUGAAUAGAGUAAUCUCUUUUGGUUU